AUGCAAGCAGAGUACUUGUCCCAGAAAGAUGAAUAUUUAGAAUUUUUUACUGAAAAGUUAGAUCUUCAUUGGUUGGAAAAUAAUUCGUCUGGCCUCGGUAUGAAUCACUUUUCAUUUCGACAAGGAGAAGAGUAUCAAUAUAUUCAAAUGUCAAUUGAUGCUCCAAAAACUAAAACAUAUUCCGAAUAUCCCACAUAUAUUGAUUGA